ACCUCCACGGAGGGUAUAGAAAUAUAUCAGCAAUUUAAAUUCAUCAGGUUUGUUAUAUAUUUCUUGAAAGACUUAUUAUUAGAACACAAUUCGCCUUUUGUAUAUAUAUGUGUAUAGGUAAUACAGGAACUUCACAAAAAUAGACACUAAACGUACAUUCUGUUUACUUUCUUAUGACAUUGACUUAUACGAAUAUGGACGACACAGAUUAUUGGAAUGCCUACUUCAUGCGUUUAUAUAUUCCGCUAGAUAUUCUUCUGAUUUUGUUUAUAAUCACAGGAGUUACAGGGAAUGGUCUUGUUGCAUAUAUCUAUGGAUUCAAAAAGAAAACUAUAAAAGACGGUCAGUACUUUUUACCAUAUCUUGCUGUUGCUGAUUUACUAGGAAGUAUUAUUUGUUCUCUGAAUGGACUAGCAAUGACUCUAAUGCCAUUGACGAAUGAAUUUGAUUUACUUUGUAAAUUUGGAGGGCUGUUGGGGUCCGCGAUAAUUUGUAUGUCUGCUUGCCUACUUAUAAUGAUUGCAAUUCAACGUUACUUGAAAGUUUGCAGGCGAAAGGGUCCUGUAAUGACAUUAAAACGGAGAAAAGCAAUCAUGAUAUGCGCUUUGUUUGUAUCAGCUGUUCUCGCAGGGCCAUCCAUGGUUGCCUAUGGCUCUAUCCCGCUUCAAAGUAUAAACAGAAACGUCACUGGAAAGAUAUGCGGAAAAAUAACUGGUACUGUGUCUGCCAUUUAUGAUGUUGUGUUGGGUGUUGCUUAUAUCCUAUUCUGUGGGUUAUUAAUUGUACCGUACUGUUUAAUAGCUCGAAAAACAUGUACACACCUCAAAAAGGGAGUCCAAAGUGACCUCGAAUCGCAGAAACGUUCAAAAAACGAAAAUUAUGAAAACCAAACACAGGGGUAUUCAAUUUCAACACUGGACACUGAACUGAAACCUGACUAUAGCAUUUCUGUACCAAGCAACACACAACAAUCUAACCAAAUUAUAGUAGAUCUGGAAAACAAUUCAUUGAGAAAUUACAGUAAAGUCAUAAAGAAACAAUCAAAGACAAAUCAAAGGAUAAUUAGCAAAGUUACAAAAAUAUCCCUGAUCAUCACAUUAACAUUUCUUAUUGGUUCUCUUCCUAAAAUAAUACUUACAAUUGCAGAAAUAGUUCCAACCACUUUCUGGGAGAAUGCAACCGAUGUGGAAAUAUUGGUUUUAAUGUUUGUAAAUCAAGGCUAUAUUUUGAAUUAUAUUGCUAACCCUUUCAUUUAUACAUUUUUCGAUAAAACAUUUAAAACUGAGAUAAAGAAUAUUCUCUGUUGUUGCAUAUGUACGAAGAAACGGUAAUAUUGUACCUUAAUUACUAGCUUAAAGAGGAUGAUUUUAUUUUAACUCAAUAUCCAAAAUCUGGAUUGUCAUCAAAGACAUUACAAAGAAAUAGUUAAUGAUUAAUAUAAUGAAAUUGAUAAGAAUAAGAAAACUGUAUUUUGUUCUUACAAUUUAACUGCGGAGGAACAGGCUUAACGUAGAAAAUAAAAUAUAAAAUCAACACUUUAUCACUGAUCAUUUUAUAAUAUUACAGUAUAAUAGUUAACGAUAAUAAGUUAAUAAAUAUCUAUUUUUUGCAUCUUA